CCCUGAAAACUGAAAAACAUCCGAACCAACGAUCCCGACAAAGACCACAGAACCGGUCCUCUCUAGAACCAGAGUCACUGUAGGACUGUAGACAGGAGAGGACUGAGGUCAACUGAGUCUAUGACAAAAGACUUCAUGACACUUUAACAAAAGGAUUGAUCAGAUUAUUGAUCAGAUUAUCGAUCAGAUUAUUGAUCAGAUUAUUGAUCGAUUAUUGUGAAAAUAACAGAAUAUCUCCUGUAGACACAGACCAUAGUUGUUCUCUUCCAGCUGAGUCUCAGUUUCACUGUAAUCACCUCCUCUAGGUCUCAGUUUCACUGUAAUCACCUCCUCUAGGUCUCAGUUUCUCUGCACCUCUUUCCUUCUGCUCUAGGUUUUACUCUUCCUGUCCAAACCUGGUCUCAGUUUCAUCGUAUCUGUCUCCCUGAGUCUCAGUUUCACCAUAUGUGGCUUUUCAAAAUCUCAGUUUCGUGGUAACUGUUUUUGUUUAGUUGAACUUCAUUGUAAUCUUCUCCACUGAGUCUCUGUUUUACUGUAACUGUCCAAACCAAGUCCUAACCUCACUUCCUUUGGCUUUCCUUCAGCUCAUUUCUAAGGUCUCUGUUGUCACAUGGUCUCAGUUUCACUGUGUCCUCACUGAGCUGACGUUUCACUAUGUCUGUUUUUUAGUCUCAGUUUCACUUUAUCUUCGCUGAGUCUCAGUUUCACUGCGUCUGUCCUCUGUGUAUCUCGGUUUCACUCACAGUUAGUGGACUGACAUCUAUCUUACUGCAGCUCUAUGAGACUGUGGGCGAGUCCCAGAGAACAGACUGAACUCCAUCAGGAUCCUGACGUGUCAAAGUCUGAACUUAACAGGACUAGUUUUUAAGAAGACAAAGGUGGCCCUUUAAAUCGAUGCUUUUUUGAAUGAGGUUUUGUUGAGCAUUUUAAAGGAGCCGAUUGUCUCGGUAUGACUCUGUUGUUCUCGGUGGUUUUCUCUGCGUCCCCGUCGCUCCCUGAGUUCCUGCAGCUCUCUGUGAAGCGGAGACGUGUCGGCUGUGUGCAGAUGAAGCUUGUGGGCAGAAUGUGAAGGCAGCAGCAGCAGCAGCAGCAGCAGCAGGAUUUUAUUUUUUACAGCUGAAAGGAUCAAACUGAGUCGUGCUUUAAGAGGAUGCAGAACAGACUGAGUGUUGUGCGAUCUGUCAGGAGGAGAGGCAGGUUUUCAGAGGCUCUUCACAGAUUUACAUUCAUGGUUUCAAUCAGAGGGCUGAGCUUCAUCUGUUUAACAAGACCAAACCUGCUCUUAGACUCAGGACCGGGCUGCAGAUCUGGGCCUCUUUCUCGGGGUUUUACCCAGAUGGUUGGAGCUGUGCGUCUGUGAGGGAUCAGCGGCUUCAGUGUUUGAGAGCUGAGAGCGUUUCAUGUUGACAGAGAGAGAGAGAGAGAGAGAGAGAGAGAGAGAGAGAGAGAGAGAGAGAGAGAGAGAGAGAGAGAGGAGAACAGCUGAAUGAAUAAUUCACUCUCUCAGCGUCUCUUUGAACUCCGCAGACAGACAGAGAGAGAAACAGAAACAGCAGCAGAGACUCACAGGUGAAAAACUACUACAGCUGUUAUCUUCACAGAUUUAACGGCUGCUGUUAGUGAUGAACCCGCAGAACCUGUCAGAGAGACCCGGGUCCAAUCAGCUGAUCCUGGGGGACUGAGACGAGUCUGAUGAGCGAGGACCAGCAGGAGCUUUAAACCCGUGAAAACAGACCUGAUCUCAGAGCGGCGGGGAGCAAACUCCCGAUAAAAGACAGACGAACGCUUCAGCAGACGGCGUGACGAUGAAUCCUGACAGGAAGUACAGAAAGAAAAGGAGAUAAACAUGGAAACAAAGCUGACCUCAGACCCAUGUGAUCGGACUGACACACGGACAGUUUGACGUCCAGAGCUAAGAGUUAAAAUCACAAAACCUCAAUAAAAACAGAAUAAUAACGAAUCAAACAGUGACCCCUGGUGGACAAAUGCAAAACAUAAAAACCUGAUAUACCUGGAGCUUCUGUUUCUGUUACUGAUCAAAACCACGACCACGACGGCGAAACACGGUCCGAACUCGUGAGAGAUGGUCCGAAUAAAACCGAGACAAACAGCACUGAGAGGGACCGACAGGGGGCGCUACGGAAACCCCAGUGAGGAGAGAUGAGGAGUAAGAACCUGAAACAGAAACAGAGGUUCUGGAGAUGUUCUCCUCAGGACCGGGUCUCAGGUCAGUCCAGAGUCCGGCUCUGUCAGGUCCACGUCUGAUGGUCUUCAGUGACUCAGUAUCAGGGUCUCAGUGUCCAUGUUUGAUCCAGAACAGACUGUCAGAAUCAAACCGGCCCGUCCAAAACCCGAACCUCUGCUGGGACACUUCCUGGGACCUUUCACAAUAAAAGCGCUAAAGGGGUUUGGGAUCAGACUGAACAUGUGAUCAUAAACAAACUUUAAUUAUUAAAGUCAAACUCGCUGAUCCAGAGUCAGUCAGGUGUUCAAAUGUGACCUCACGUGGACUCAACAGCCAAUCAGCAGCCAGCAGCUGAGCUGAGCCUCCAAUCAGAACGCUGUGUGGGCAGGUGAUGCUCUGCAGAUACUGAGGAGUGUUACAUAACUCUGAGUGUGUGUGUGUGAGUGAGUGAGUGUGUGAGUGUGUGUGUUGCUAGGAAACACUGUCCUAAGGUGAAGGCAUCAAAACCCUCUCUCCUCCUCCUACACACACCUCACUACACACACACACACACACACACAGAGACACACACACAUACCUGUGAGAAAGCACUCAGAAAGAAAUAAUCAGGUUUUUUCUCUCAAACACUCCCACUCAGUGCAGCAGUGGGAUCUGUUCUGUGUGUGUGUGAGUGUGUGUGUGUGUGUGUGUGUGUGUGUGUGUGCACGCACGUGUGUGUGUGUGUGUGUGUGUGUGCAGCCUCUCUCUCCUCUUGUUAUAUAUCCUAUUAUACAAUCAAUGCAGAGAGCAGGAACAGACACACUCCGACGACUUUUCUUCUUCAUCAUCAUCAUCAUCAUCAUCCUCUCUGCAUCAAGUACUUACAGAUCAUACUGCAGUAACAGUACUUAUACACACUGUCACAGUACUUAUACACACUGUCACAGUACUUAUACACACUGUAACAGUACUUAUACACACAGUAACAGUACUUAUACACACUGUCACAGUACUUAUACACACAGUAACAGUACUUAUACACACAGUAACAGUACUUGUACACACUGUAACAGUACUUGUACACACUGUAACAGUACUUAUACACACUGUCACAGUACUUAUACACACAGUAACAGUACUUAUACACACAGUAAUAGUACUUAUACACACUGUCACAGUACUUAUACACACUGUCACAGUACUUAUACACACAGUAACAGUACUUAUACACACAGUAAUAGUACUUAUACACACAGUAACAGUACUUAUACACACAGUAAUAGUACUUAUACACACUGUCACAGUACUUAUACACACUGUCACAGUACUUAUACACACAGUAACAGUACUUAUACACACAGUAAUAGUACUUAUACACACUGUCACAGUACUUAUACACACUGUCACAGUACUUAUACACACAGUAACAGUACUUAUACACACAGUAACAGUACUUAUACACACUGUCACAGUACUUAUACACACUGUAACAGUACUUAUACACACUGUAACAGUACUUGUACACACUAUAACAGUACUUGUACACACUGUCACAGUACUUAUACACACCGUCACAGCACUUGUACAGUUACCAUACUAACAUGUACUAUACCUCAGUUAAAGUACUGAAGUACAUAAAGAACUGAGACAGACAGUUUGAUUGGCUCACAGAGCUGUCAAUCAUGGAGUUGUAAACGUGUGUUUUCAGAAUAAUCGACACUGUGAAGUUAUUCUGUCUGUUUUUAACUCUAUGAAAACUGAAACAUGUCUGAGGAGCUUCUAUCUGAUCUGGAUCUAGAUUUGACAGUCUGACCCAUGUCCCAUCUGUUUACAUGGAGGAGUCAGAACUUAGGACCCGGUUCUUUGGCUUCACACUCACAGAACACCGGGGUUAGAAACUAACUUCUUUUCUUUCCUUCCUUCCUUCUUCCCCUCCCCCCUCCCUCCCUUCCUCCCUCCCUUCCUCCCUCUCCCUCCCUUCCUCUCUCCCACUCUCCCUCCCCCCCUCAGUCCGGCUCCAUGACAGUAUUUCAGAGGAGGCUCAUCAUUACCUCAUCUUUGACCUGUGAGUCUCUCUCUCUCUCUCUCUCUCUCCCCUCUCUGUUUUCUCACCUGUGCUCAGGUGAACCUGCUGGUUUCUUCUUCAUGUGUUUUACUGAUUAAAUUCUCAUCAUUAUAAAAACAAAAUAAAGAUUUAAAACCUGCAUUUUAUGAUUUUAUUCAUUCUUUUAGUGUGAGCAGACGGCUGCUCUCAGAUCUCCCCCUUCAGUUUUAAAUACUAAUCAAUCACAGAAUUAAAUUGAUUAUUAGAAUUAUUACAAUUUUUUUAUCAACACGUUUAUUUUUGAAAGUCAAAAUUUUUAAAGUGAUAAAUUUAAAAUCAUAAAUUAAAGUCAUAAUUUUUAUUCUCAUACAGUAAAAACUCCGAACUCCUAACCUCAGUGUGCCGUUAUCGCUAACACCAUUGUGUCAGGUUAUUACUGUGUUUGUUGCGUUGUUUCCUGUUGUUUCCUGUUGUUUCCUGUUGUUUCCUGUGUUGGUUGUUGCGUUGUUGUGUUGUUUCCUGUUGGUUGUUGCGUUGUUGGUUGUUUCCUGUUGUUUCCUGUUGGUUGUUGCUUUGUUUCCUGUUGCGUUGUUGUUGUUGCGUUGUUGUGUUGUUUCCUGUUGGUUGUUGCGUUGUUGGUUGUUGUGUUGUUUCCUGUUGUUUCCUGUUGCGUUGUUGGUUGUUGCGUUGUUUCCUGUUGUUUCCUGUUGCGUUGUUGGUUGUUGCGUUGUUGGUUGUUGUGUUGUUUCCUGUUGCGUUGUUUCCUGUUGUUUCCUGUUGCAUUGUUGGUUGUUGUGUUUUUUUUUCUGUUGUUUCCUGCUGCGUUGUUGCGUUGUUUCCUGUUGCCUUUCCUGUUGUUUCCUGUUGCGUUGUUUCCUGUUGUUUCCUGUUGCGUUGUUGCUUCUUGUGUUGUUUCCUGUUGUUUCCUGUUGUUUCCUGUUGCGUUGUUGGUUGUUGUGUUGUUUCCUGUUGUUUCCUGUUGUUUCCUGUUGCGUUUCCUGUUGUUGUGUUGUUGCGUUGUUGCUUGUUGUGUUGUUUCCUGUUGUUUCCUGUUGCGUUGUUGGUCGACUUUGACGUCGUUGACGAAGUGUUUCCUGUUUCUCGUCUCCAGGGUAACAGGUGGAGAGUUAUUUGAAGAUAUUGUAGCGAGAGAAUAUUACAGUGAAGCUGACGCCAGGUACACACAUACACACACACACACACACACACACAAACACACACACACACACACACUCCUCACGUCAUAGUCAUGUGACCUCUGACCUCUGUCCACAGCCACUGUAUUCAGCAGAUUCUGGAGGCGGUGCUUCACUGUCACCAGAUGGGCGUGGUCCACCGGGACCUUAAGGUACCUGUCCGCUUACCUUCAGGUGUGAAGUCAGAUGAAGAUGACCACAGGUGAGGUUUUUCUCUCACCUGGUCACGGAGAAGAAACGACGACAUCUCUGGAGGAAGGAUUUUUUUUUUAUAGGAUGGUAGGGGGAAGGUCCCGCCCUCCUUCGCCUCUGAUUGGCUAGAAGGAAUAACGAUUGGUUAAUCCUAAUGGCUGUGAAAUCAUCUGUCGGGUUUGGAGAUUCAGAGGUGCGAUAAUAUUCUGUAAUGUUCUGUUCGAUGUACAGAGCUGACGGCCCGCGCUCGGCUUGAGCGUGUGACGACGUUUCACAGCCAAUCAGAGGCGAAGGAGGCGGGACCUUCCCCUACCAUCCUAUGAAAAAAAAUAUCGCCCCCUGGAGGGUGUGGCUAAAGGUGUUAGCAUCUAAAAUGUAAACGAGUACGCAGCGUUAGCAUCCUCAGAAUCAACCAAUCGGACGAGUUUGUAACUUAGCAUCAUGUUAAUUAGGUUAGCAUGUUAGCAUACUCCAUGUAAACCAGUUGGCUAAGCUAGCAUUUUAACUUCGUGUAAACCAAUGAGCGGUGUCCUUAGCAUGUUAGCAUGUUAGCAUCUCCUCUGUGUUUGCAGCCGGAGAACCUGCUCCUGGCCUCCAAGUCUAAAGGAGCCGCCGUCAAACUGGCCGACUUUGGACUCGCCAUCGAGGUGGAGGGAGACCAGCAGGCCUGGUUUGGUGAGUGGAUACUGGUACUGCAGUGGUACUGUGGUAAUACUGUAGUAUUAGUACUGCAGUGGUACUGUGGUAAUACUGUAGUAUUAGUACUGCAGUGGUACUGUGGUAAUACUGUAGUAUUAGUACUGCAGUAGUACUGUGGUAAUACUGUAGUAUUAGUACUGCAGUAGUACUGUGGUAAUACUGUAGUAUUAGUACUGCAGCGGUACUGUGGUGAUACUGUAGUAUUAGUACUGCAGUAGUACUGUGGUAAUACUGUAGUAUUAGUACUGCAGCGGUACUGUGGUAAUACUGUAGUAUUAGUACUGCAGUGGUACUGUGGUAAUACUGUAGUAUUAGUACUGCAGUGGUACUGUGGUAUUACUGUAGUAUUAGUACUGCAGUAGUACUGUGGUAAUACUGUAGUAUUAGUACUGCUGGUACUGCAGUGGUACUGUGGUAAUACUGUAGUAUAAGUACUGCAGUGGUACUGUGGUUAUACUGUAGUAUUAGUACUGCAGUGGUACUUUGGUAAUACUGUAGUAUUAGUACUGCAGUGGUACUGUGGUUAUACUGUAGUAUUAGUACUGCAGUGGUACUUUGGUAAUACUGUAGUAUUAGUACUGCAGUGGUACUGUGGUAAUACUGUAGUAUUAGUACUGCAGUGGUACUGUGGUAAUACUGUAGUAUUAGUACUGCAGUGGUACCGUGGUAAUACUGUAGUAUUAGUACUGCAGUGGUACUGUGGUAUUACUGUAGUAUUAGUACUGCAGUAGUACUGUGGUAAUACUGUAGUAUUAGUACUGCUGGUACUGCAGUGGUACUGUGGUAAUACUGUAGUAUAAGUACUGCAGUGGUACUGUGGUAAUACUGUAGUAUUAGUACUGCUGGUACUGUGGUAAUACUGUAGUAUUAGUACUGCAGUGGUACUGUGGUAAUACUGUAGUAUUAGUACUGCAGUGAUACUGUAGUAUUAGUACUGUGGUAAUACUGUAGUAUUAGUACUGCGUGUUUAUCGUGUGUUACUCCUCAGGCUUCGCGGGGACUCCUGGUUAUCUCUCUCCGGAGGUUCUGAGGAAGGAUCCGUACGGGAAAGCUGUCGACCUCUGGGCCUGCGGUCUGUUUCUUUUCUGCUUCCUUCUCCUCCUUCCUCACACGGUCCCUUGUUUCCUUGUUUCCUGUCUCCUCUCAACUGCACCUGUCCUCUCUCUCUCAGGUGUGAUUCUCUACAUCCUGCUGGUCGGUUAUCCUCCUUUCUGGGAUGAAGAUCAACAUCGUCUCUACCAGCAGAUCAAAGCCGGAGCUUAUGACGUAGGUCACAUGACCGCAGGUUGGUUACCUGUUGAUUAGGACCGAGUUCAGCCAUUGGUCAGGAUGUAUCUUUAGGGCGGGACCUGCUGUUUUGGAAAGUGUCAAUGAAAAUUGAAUGAUUGAUUGACUGACCCCCGACCUCCACCUUCAUCCUGAUCGUCUCCUAAAAGGUCGUAUCCUCCGAUCGUAGCUGAUCGUAACCAUUCAAGUUAACGUGUCAAUUUACACCGACUUCUUUCCGUUCCUCUGCGGAUCGCCGGACUCCUCAGCUGAUCACAAGAGUUCUAUUUUUUCUGGACGCCGGAGCAUGGCGGAUAAAUUCAGCACAGAUGAACCCGUGCUGGAAAGGAAGUCGGGCACAGACUUCAAAAUAAAACAUCCGGCUUCUUUUCAAAAUAAAACACUCCGUGUUUCAGGAGGAUCGUAUUUCACACCAUGCAAACGGGCGGAGACGAACAAGUGAAAGGUUUUUAGACGUCAUUUCACCCCGAUGACACCAUGGAUGAGGAGAUGCUGAUUCUAGAAGUCUAGAAGUAGAUUUCCUCCUCUGGAAGGACACCAUCUACUGCUUAUAUGUCUAUGUGUCUGUCUUUAGAGAGACAACUCGUUAUCGAGAGAUUGAACGUGAAUCUGCGGGUUCUUGUGAGUUCUCACGAUUACCGCUGUCUGUAAUCCGCCAUGAAAUUCGCCUCAUAAAUGGAUCUGGUGGGAAUUGGGGGACGGCGAAAAUUGCCGCCAUUCUGUAUGCGGUGAAAGUUGGGGGUCAGACGCUUGUUGUUGCUGAAGUUUUGAAAACUGCCUCACUUUGUUCGUUGCCCCUCCCCCCCUCGGUAGUUUCCCUCUCCUGAGUGGGACACCGUGACUCCUGAAGCCAAAGAUCUCAUCAAUAAGAUGCUGACCAUCAAUCCGUCCAAAAGGAUCACUGCGGCCGAGGCGCUCAAACACCCCUGGAUCUCUGUGAGGCUCCGCCCCCUUCUCUAUUAUGGUCACUUUAUACCUUUUGAAAGAUGAUGAUGAUGAUGAUGAUGUUUUUGUUCCUCCAGCACCGCUCCACGGUGGCGUCAUGUAUGCACAGACAGGAGACGGUCGAGUGCCUAAAGAAGUUCAACGCCAGGAGGAAACUGAAGGUAGGUCAGAGGUUAAAGGUCGGGUACUGUUUACUUUCGUUCAGGGGCUCCGUGUGUUUGCCCCUUAAAGUGUGACAUCACUGACGUGUUUACAGUCACAUGGUUAAAGGCGGGGUCAGCAGAAAACUGUUUAUUUUUGUUUAUAAACAAAAACUCUUCUAAUAUCAGUCAAUAGUUAUUAGUUAUUGAUUAUUUGGUAAUAUAUCGAUAUCUCUGUGUUCUCUUCUGUCUGUGUCGUCAACAUUUGAACAUUUUUGAGCGGUCCGCUCUUUCUGACUGUAAACAAAGCCGUUCUCCACCUCCUCUAACCUGAUUGGUUGUGAGGCAGACGCUGCUCCCCCGUGUCGUUCAGGAGCCCAAACAAAGUUAGCGUGCUACAAUAUCGGACAGUAGAAACCAACCAGAAAGUUCGGAAAAUUGUCUGAAUCCUCCUUUGGCCACGACUGCCGACACAAGCAAGAAAACAAAGUAAAUACCGGAGACUCUGGAGGAAUAACGGGCGCUUAAAACGGAGGUAGACCGGACAAGAGCUAAAAAGACGGGUCAACAUAAACGAUGAUGGCGGACGCUUUCUCCUAAAAACUGAAACUGACUCAGAUCCUGAUUACAACACCUUUAAUCAGCUCAUCACUGAUCAUCAGUAACCAUGGAGACGCUGAUGGAACUUUGAUAGUUAGUGUGUAAAUCGAGCUCACAUCUGUUCACAUCAGAGAUAGUCCUUCUUUUCUCACCUGUGGCUCCACCUGCAGGUCAGAGACAGAACUGCAGUCCAUGUUCAUUCAGAGCAGACACACUGAGACUAUGAGGAAUUGAUGAGAACGGAUCAAUCUGAUAGGAUCCUCCUCUGUGUCCUUAUUUCCUAUCCUUGUGUCCUUGUUUCCUCUCCUACAGGGAGCCAUCCUCACCACCAUGUUGGCCACCAGGAACUUUUCAGGUGAGACAGACGACUUUAACUAAGUCAUGUGAUCUCUUAGUUUGACCUUUGACCUACAGUAGCAGAGGGUUACACUUUCAGAGAUCAACCAAUCAGCUGCAGGCUCACACACAAUUAACAGGUUAACACUGUGUGUGUGUGUGUGUGUGUGUGUGUGUGUGUGUGUGUGUGUGUGUGUGUGUGUGUGUGUGUGUGUGUGUGUGUCAGCAGCUGUCACCAAGUUUCAAACACACCGAACUAUAGAUAGACAGGAAACCACCGACAGAGAGGGGGGGGGGGGGUGUGUGUGUGUGUGUGUGUGUGUGUGUGUGUGUGUGUGUGUGUGUGUGUGUACAUAGAUGAAGAUGUGUAUGUAGAGACAGAAACUGAAAAUGUUUUUGUGUUUUUAUUAAAGUCCUGGAUGACGAUUGGAGAGAUCGGUGAUUAUUAUGAACCUCGUUUCCAUGGCGAUCAUGGUCCUACAGUGCGAUCUCCACAAAGAGAAAAAAGAUCGGAAAAAAUCAGUUCACCCUAUCAGGAGCAGGGCUGUAAAAACAUUGACCAAUAGGAGCCAUCCGUCCCCGACAGCUCCUAUUGGUCAAUCUCCUGCUCCGCCUCUCCAUCCAAUCACCUCGCUGUAUUGGACACACCCCUCUCCCGUAGUUCCGACUCGUCCCCUCCCACUCUCCCGGCCCUCCUCGGAGCUCUGAGCGGCUAACAGUAGCAGCUUAGCUACAGGAGCUGUGAUGGAGAAGGACGCAAAAAAAACACUUCUGCUCGCCACAAGACAGAAGAGAGGGCGGAGUCAGAGAGGACAUGUGACCGAGCGAGGAAUCUAACGUGAAUAACCAUCGGGUCAUCCUUGGAGCGGUGGAGAAAACAGACGCAGAGACAGCAGAGUUUUAGUUGAACAUCAUUUUUAUCUCCUUUUAUCUCAUGUUACAUAAAUGAUUAGUCUCUGCGACGGGCGGAUCGGAGUGGCGUCAGCAGUGAUGCGGACGCUUAACCGAUCAGUCGACUCUGGAUUUACCGGUCGAUCUACGUGCCGAUCCUCACCUAUGGUCAUGAACUUUGGGUAAUGACCGAAAGAACAAGAUCGCAGAUAUAAGCGGCUGAAAUGGGUUUCCUCCUCAGGGUGUCCGGGCUCAGCCUUAGAGAUAGGGGAAGGAGCUCGGACACUCGGGAGGAGCUCAGAGGAGAACCGCUGCUCCUCCACGUCCAGAGGAGUCAGCUGAGGUGUUAGGACGCCUUCUGGACGCCUCCCGUUAGAGGUGUUCUAGACAUGUCCCACCGGGAGGAGACCUCGUGGACCAGGUGGAGGGUUUAGAUCUCUCUCCUGGGAAUCCCCCUGUUUCGCCUCAGUCUCAGUUAAGUCCAGAUGUCCUUUCAACGAAGAACUGUAAAUCAUAGAUGCUGCAUCCUCAGUUUUAAAGAACAUCUCCAGGUUUAGGACCAACAUCUGCGUCCAUCCAGACCUUCAUAUGAUCCAGAACCUCAUUCUGACACCAGCAUGGUUCUGUAGGAGAAAAGUCCUGGACUGAUGUGGUCCUGACUUGUCCCACUUUGACAUGAGAAUAUAUUUUUUUUAUUGUGUGUGUGUGUGUGUGUGUGUGUGUGUGAGUGUGUGUGUGUGAGUGUGUGUGUGUAUGUGUGUGUGUGUGUGUGUGUGUGUGUGUGUGUGAGUGUGUGUGUGUGUGUGUGUGUGUGUGUGUGUGUGUGUGUGUGUGUGUGUGUGUGUGUGUGUGUGUGACAGCUGAUAGGGGCUCCUGCUCUGUGGCCCCGGGGCCUCGUCUGUUUGUCAGCAGGAAUGUGUUUCUGACUCUCCAACGAUCUGCAGCACCGACUAAAUUUAACCUCCACACUCUGAGUGACCCACACGACACGCUGAGACCUCCCCCACCCUCCCCCGUCCGUCCGUCUGUCUGUCUGUUCCUCUCCUGCAGGUCUCAAACAGCUGUCCGUCUGUCCGUCUGUCCGUCUGUCCGUCUGUUCCUCUCCUGCAGGUCUCAAACAGCUGUCCGUCUGUCCGUCUGUCCGUCUGUCCGUCUGCUCACUCAGAGACUGACAGGAGCAGAGCUGGACUCUCUUCUUUUCAUCAUUUUUCAGACUAAAGUCGGACUUUCACUUUCAUUCGACACGUUUUACUUUCUGCACCUUUUUAAUUUCUUUUCUUUUUAACUUCUUUUCUUUUUAACUUCUUUUCUUUUUAACUUCCUUUCUUUUUCACUUCUUUUCUUUCUGUUGGUUUGAAGAAUCACUUUAUUUUUUAGUCUUCUCGUCCGGGUUUGUCCCGUCCGUCUCUGGGCUGUGGGGUGUUUGCUGCGGGGCUCUGAGGCAGAGGUUGUCGGCACGAUGCCGUCCCUCCUCUUCUCUGCGUUUGUUCCUUUCUUUCUCACUCUGCUGCUUCUUCUUCUCUUUGUCCUCAUCCCUCGUUCAGGAGGGAAGAGCGGGAGCAACAAGAAGGCAGACGGAGUCAAGGUGAGAUCAUGAUUAUUGUUUGUUAGUUUAUUGUCGUUUUUACUGCCGAUGUUGGGAUGAAACUCUAAAGUCUUUUUCUCUGAAUGUUUUCUAAUAAACUUCGUUAUAUCCAGGAGUGAAACUGUUUUAUUUUAGUGCAAACGUUCAACAAACAUUCUUUGAACUAAUUUUGAAAAUUCAAUAAUUCUUUGUAUUCUGUCUGAUUACUGUGAUUAUGAACUGAAACUGUGUGAGCGGACAUCCUCUAACAAAGAGAUUCAUGAUCUCAACGGGACAAACCCGGUUAAAUAAAGGUUAUUAUGAUAAUAAUAAAUAUUGGAAUGCUAACAUGCUAAACACAGUCAAUAUCUGCUUUACACCGUCGUUGUUGUCGUGUUAGCAUGCUAACGUUAGCCUCUCAGAUCUGCAGACUCUUAUUUAGAUCUGUUCAGUUUCGUUCGUAGUUCUCGCUGAUGUGAUCCAAGUUUGAUGGUCAGUCCAGUGUGAGUUACAAGGGUGCGAGUUAAAAACUAACUUCCUGGUUUAUGUGCAGAGUGUGUGACCUCCUGAGCACGUGCAGAAGGGUUGGUCCUGCAGAUAAACAAACCUCACAGUGUCUAAAUCAUUAUGAUGGAGGCGUGUGAGGGCAGCGAGCUCUGACAUCAUAUCCAGGUGUUUUUAUCCACACCUGUCAGAGAGUUUCUGAGGAUCAGAGCGAGUUCAGCAGCAGGAAAUAUCGACAUGAAUCAUCAAACUGACUGACGCUCAUGUUGUUUGUAGGAGUCAUCUGAAAGCACGAACACCACCAUAGAGGACGAGGAUACCAGAGGUACACACACACACACACACACACGCACACACACACACACAAAGACACACUGUUUAUAUUAUUAUUCAUCAGUGAUUGACAGGCAUUCAGAAACAUAAAGAAACUUCAGCUGAAGUACAAAUUAAAACUGAGAGAUACGACCAUGAUACUAAACUGUGUGUGUGUGUGUGUGUGUGUGUGUGUGUGUGUGUGUGUGUGUGUGUGUGUGUGUGUGUGUGUGUGUGUGUUUCAGUGAGGAAACAGGACAUCAUUAAAGUCACAGAACAGCUCAUCGAGGCGAUCAGCAAUGGAGACUUUGAGAGCUACACGUAUGUACCACACACACACACACACACACGCACACGCACACACACGCACACACAGGUAUUUGAUAUGAAGUAUUUUUGUUGAACCAGGACGAUAAAAACCGAUCAGCUGCCCAGUCAGUCGUUUUAUUUGCGAUGACUUUAAAACAAGAAGGUCCCACAAGAUAAGUUAUCUUCCAAGCGCUUGGUCCCCACAGGUAUAUAAAAACAAGUCAGAUUAGACAUACACACACCUGCGUUCUUGUUUAUCUAGCAAAGUGAGGUUCAGAACAUUUCUCAUGCUGGGUGAGGACCUCAGCUCUAUGAUGCGUCUUGAAUAAGACCUACUGUGACUGUUUGGCUCCUCCCACAGUAAGAUGUGUGACCCGGCUGUGACGGCGUUUGAGCCUGAGGCGUUGGGGAAUCUCGUGGAAGGCCUUGACUUCCAUCGCUUUUAUUUUGAAAACUGUGAGUAGAUCUUUCGUUGUGUAUAGACUUUAGUUGUCCACCUGUCUGCAGUCAUGUAAAUAACAGAUCUGUGUGUCCCCUCAGUGUGGUCUAAGAACAGUAAACCGGUCCACACCACCAUCCUGAAUCCGCAUAUCCACUUGGUGGGCGAUGAGGCCGCCUGCAUCGCUUACAUCAGAGUCACGCAGUACAUCGAUGCCAACGGCACACCUCGCACCGCCCAAUCAGAAGAGACUAGGGUGUGGCAUCGCCGUGAUGGAAAGUGGCAGAUCGUUCACUUCCACCGCUCAGGCUCCCCCUCCACUCUCAGCAAGUAAGAACAGGUCAGAGGUCACCUGGGAAUCAGGUACCAGAUCGGUUUGACAGGGCAAAGGGCAAAGGUCAAGUUUUCAGUCGGUCAGUUUUUUAAACGGUGAAUCUAAAAGAUCAUCAGUUUUCAUCAGGUCACAUUUAAUGUUGAUACAUGUCGAAGGUCAAUUAUCAACAGUGAAUCUUUUUUACGGGUUUUAAGUCGGUUAUUAAUGAGUUUAAGCUUUUAAAAGGUUUUUGUCAGUGAGGAAAAGGUGGCAGGUCAGUUAUUAAAAAGUUACUCAUCAGUUUUAACUCAAACUUUCACAUGCUCAAGUUUUUGUUCCAAGUUCAGAAAAUCAGUUUUUAUCAGUUAAACUCUUAAUUUAAACAGUUUAUUAUUUAAUUUUCUGUAUUUCAACAGUUCGGUUUCUGACACGUUAAAGUUCAGCUUUUGACCAGUGAAGUCCAGUUUAUACCAGGUUACAGUUCAGUUUUCAACAGUGUUAAAGUUUUUCAUUUGCUGAAGUCCAUUUUAACAGCUGAUUUUCUGUUUUUAACAGAUUUUAGUGAUUUUUUAACUGUUUAAAGUUCAGCUUGAAACUUUGGUUUUUGGCACAUGAACAGGUUUUAGUUUCCGUUUAAUCAUGUUUAAGUUCUUUUACAGGUGAAGUUCAGGUUCUUUGUUAAGUGAAGUCAGAGUUCAUUAUUUUAUGGCUCAGUUUUAACCGUUUAUAUCUAAAGGUUUAAUGCAGGUCAGGUCAGUUUAACAAGUUAUUUUUUUGAGUUCAACAUUUCAUGUUUCAGUGUAAAUGAAGUAACAGGUCAGUUUUUAACAGGUUAAAGGUCACAGUUCUGUUUUUAUGAUUGAUAAAAGUUUUUACUUUCUCUUUAUUAUUCACUUCUCCAUCCAGUUAACUCCCAGAGUGAGCACUUCUUUGAAGGUUCGACCGUCGCCUUGACAACUGAUUGAUUGACAGCAGGCCAGGCAUCUGACACCAACCGUUGUGGAUUUAGUUCGAGAAAAACAAGAUGAAAGAUGGAGGAGGAGGGGCCAGAAAGCAGUCUGCACUACCAACCAAUCAGAUUACUUCUUUCUGCUCAUCUGGAUUUCAGCCACGCCCCCUCCGCAACUUAAAUAAACCAAUCAGCUGAACAGCAAUGAUUGUAAUAACGUGUGAAAACCUCGUAUCGCCACCUUUCAUAUAUAAUACACA